CUCACUCCCGCCCUCACACUCACCGCCUCACACGCACUCACGCACGGUAGCGGCGGCGGCGCAGCUCCCACCGCGGGAGAAGAUCCCGUCAGAUUUGAAGUUCCGUCCCGUGCUGCUCUACCUUCUACUGAGAGCUGGAAAAAAAUUUUAAGAUAUUUCAAGACUUUCCUUUCCAGCAGAAUAUGACAGAUACCUAGCAUCUAGUAAAACCAUGGCAGCGGCUUACCUUGAUCCAAAUUUAAACCAUACUCCAAGUUCAAGUGCAAAGACUCACCUUAGUACUGGGAUGGAGCGUUCUCCAGGGGCCAUGGAACGAGUCCUUAAAGUCUUCCAUUAUUUUGAAAGUAGCAGUGAACCAACGACGUGGGCCAGCAUUAUCCGACACGGAGAUGCUACAGAUGUCCGAGGCAUAAUUCAGAAGAUAGUAGACAGUCACAAAGUGAAGAACGUGGCCUGUUAUGGAUUACGGCUCAGCCAUCUGCAGUCUGAGGAGGUCCACUGGCUACAUCUGGACAUGGGUGUGUCCAAUGUGAGGGAGAAAUUUGAACUAGCCCAUCCUCCAGAGGAAUGGAAAUAUGAACUGCGGAUCCGUUAUUUACCCAAAGGAUUUUUGAAUCAGUUCACUGAGGACAAGCCAACACUAAAUUUUUUCUAUCAGCAGGUGAAAAAUGACUAUAUGUUAGAAAUAGCAGAUCAAGUGGACCAGGAAAUUGCUUUGAAGCUAGGUUGCCUUGAAAUCCGGAGAUCCUACGGGGAGAUGAGGGGCAAUGCACUAGAAAAGAAGUCCAACUAUGAAGUUUUAGAGAAAGAUGUUGGCUUAAGGAGAUUUUUUCCGAAGAGUUUGUUGGAUUCUGUAAAGGCCAAAACACUACGUAAACAGAUCCAGCAAACAUUUCGACAGUUUGCCAACCUCAAUCGAGAAGAAAGUAUUCUGAAAUUCUUUGAGAUACUCUCUCCUGUGUAUAGAUUUGACAAGGAAUGCUUCAAAUGUGCUUUGGGUUCAAGCUGGAUUAUUUCAGUAGAGCUGGCAAUUGGCCCAGAAGACGGAAUCAGUUACCUUACGGACAAGGGCGCUAAUCCUACUCACCUGGCAGAUUUCAAUCAAGUGCAAACCAUUCAGUAUUCAAACAGUGAAGACAAGGAUAGAAAAGGAAUGUUACAACUCAAAAUAUCCGGGGCACCUGAGCCUCUGACAGUGACAGCACCAUCCUUAACCAUUGCAGAGAAUAUGGCUGACUUGAUAGAUGGAUAUUGCCGCCUGGUGAACGGAGCCACGCAGUCAUUUAUCAUCAGGCCCCAAAAAGAAGGUGAAAGAGCUUUACCAUCAAUACCAAAGCUGGCCAACAAUGAGAAGCAAGGAGUGCGGUCACACACCGUCUCUGUGUCAGAUGAAAUUAGUGGGGACGAAACAGAUGACUAUGCGGAGAUUAUAGAUGAAGAAGAUACUUACACAAUGCCCUCAACCAGAGAUUAUGAGAUUCAGAGGGAGAGAAUUGACCUAGGACGCUGUAUUGGUGAAGGACAGUUCGGAGAUGUACAUCAAGGAGUUUACAUGAGUCCAGAAAACCCAUCCAUGGCUGUUGCAAUCAAAACAUGUAAAAAUUGCACCUCAGACAGUGUGAGAGAGAAAUUCUUGCAAGAAGCCUUAACAAUGCGUCAGUUUGAUCAUCCCCACAUUGUGAAACUGAUUGGCGUUAUUACAGAAAACCCAGUCUGGAUAAUCAUGGAGCUUUGUACGCUGGGGGAGUUGAGAUCAUUCUUGCAAGUAAGAAAAUACAGUUUGGACCUGGCUUCCUUGAUACUCUAUGCUUACCAGCUUAGCACAGCACUUGCCUACUUAGAGAGCAAAAGAUUUGUACAUAGGGAUAUAGCUGCUAGAAAUGUGCUGGUAUCCUCCAACGAUUGUGUGAAGUUGGGUGACUUCGGUUUGUCCCGAUACAUGGAAGACAGUACUUACUAUAAAGCUUCCAAAGGAAAAUUGCCUAUCAAGUGGAUGGCUCCAGAGUCAAUCAAUUUCCGACGUUUUACCUCAGCUAGCGACGUGUGGAUGUUUGGUGUGUGUAUGUGGGAAAUUCUAAUGCAUGGUGUGAAGCCCUUCCAAGGAGUGAAGAACAAUGAUGUGAUCGGCCGAAUUGAGAAUGGCGAGCGGUUACCAAUGCCUCCAAACUGCCCUCCAACCCUUUACAGCCUUAUGACCAAGUGCUGGGCAUAUGAUCCUAGCAGACGACCCAGGUUUACUGAACUUAAAGCACAACUCAGUACAAUACUGGAGGAAGAGAAGCUGCAGCAAGAAGAACGAAUGAGAAUGGAAUCGAGGCGACAAGUCACCGUGUCGUGGGAUUCAGGAGGAUCAGACGAAGCCCCUCCCAAGCCCAGCAGGCCUGGCUACCCCAGCCCAAGAUCCAGUGAAGGCUUUUAUCCUAGUCCACAGCACAUGGUUCAGCCCAAUCAUUACCAGGUUUCUGCAUAUCCUGGUUCUCAUGGGAUACCAGCCAUGGCAGGCAGCAUUUACCCCGGCCAGGCAUCUCUCUUGGAUCAGGCAGAUUCCUGGAAUCAUCGGCCUCAGGAAAUAUCCAUGUGGCAAUCAAAUGUGGAGGAUUCUGGCACUUUGGACAUGCGAGGAAUGGGACAGGUUCUGCCCACACAUCUCAUGGAGGAGAGGUUGAUACGACAACAACAAGAAAUGGAGGAAGAUCAACGUUGGCUUGAAAAAGAGGAGAGAUUCCUGAAACCUGACGUGCGGCUCUCCAGAGGCAGCAUCGACCGAGAAGACGGGAGUCUCCAGGGCCUGGCUGGUAACCAGCACAUAUAUCAGCCUGUGGGAAAACCAGAUCAUGCAGCUCCACCAAAGAAGCCUCCUCGCCCCGGAGCCCCCAGCCAUUUGGGAAGCCUCGCCAGCCUCAACAGUCCGGUGGACAGCUACAACGAAGGGGUGAAGCCAUGGCGGAUUCAGCCGCAGGAAAUCAGCCCUCCUCCCACUGCCAACUUGGACCGCUCCAAUGAUAAGGUAUACGAGAAUGUCACUGGAUUGGUGAAAGCUGUAAUAGAAAUGUCCAGCAAAAUCCAACCAGCCCCUCCAGAGGAGUACGUGCCCAUGGUGAAGGAGGUUGGUUUGGCACUGAGAACUUUGCUCGCAACUGUAGAUGAAACCAUUCCAGUGCUCCCAGCAAGCACCCACAGAGAGAUCGAGAUGGCACAGAAGCUGCUGAACUCUGACUUGGCCGAACUCAUUAACAAGAUGAAGCUGGCACAGCAAUAUGUCAUGACCAGCCUGCAGCAGGAAUACAAAAAGCAAAUGCUCACAGCUGCUCACGCUCUGGCUGUAGAUGCCAAAAACUUGCUGGAUGUUAUUGAUCAAGCCAGACUGAAAAUGAUUGGCCAGUCCAGACCCCACUAAAUACCGAGGAGAGAGUUCUUGUCUAUCGGUUCAAGAAUACUGCUCGUGCAAGGGUGUUAUCUAGCCUUCGACCAGCAGUGGGGGGAUUAGCCUUGCAUAGUCCUGGAUUUCCAGUGACUCCUGCUUCAGCGGAUCUGACUGACAAGUGUUGGUUUUCUCUUAUGAAAGUUUAAACCAAGUUUUUAUCAAAAAGCCAACAUGGUCUGAGAUUAAAAAUGUGGCAUUAUCACAGAAUUAAGUUUGUACAGAAGCCCUUGGAAGUGGUGACUUGGGAACGCAGUUAAAUUUUACGUGAUCACAUAGGACAUGCUUACCCUAAUGCUGCCCAGGGGUUAAAUCUCAGAGCCAGAAUUGUCCAAGCAGCAGACUGAAGAAAGAUAUUGUGAAGUGAAGAAUUCUGGGAAACCUCAGGGCUGAGAAUUCUUGCCCACAGUAUGCGAACUAUCCAGACUGGAACCUUUUUUAUUAGAACACUUACGUCGCAAUAUGCUAAUCACGAUUUACAGAGAAAAUAAAAAAGCUAUAUUUUCAAGACUUCAGUCAUUUCAGAACAAACUAAAGCCCUCUUCAUCUUCCUGCCUUUUACUUUUAUGUGGAUAUGUGAAGCAUUUGUUUGGAAACUAGCUGUAGACACAACUGAAAACUCUUGUAUGUCUUUUUCACCAGAAUAACGUGCCAGUUUUUUGUAGCAAUGUUAUUUUCCUCGGCAGCAAAAAUGCUGCUUUGUACCAGAGCAACCCAGAGCUGCAUUUAGAAGAGAGAUUCUGUAACCAUACAUGUUCCCCAUUUUUUAUAUAAUUUAUAAAGAAAGAUUAAAGCCAUGUUGAAUAUUUUAAACCCACUGUAGUUAACUAACCCAUCUUUGUGUCUAUCUUGCCUGGGAGGAGUUACAGCAGAGCAGUGUGACUAUUUUCUUUGGUUUACCAGUUAUACCAUCUGUUCUGUUCAAUAAAAACCACACUCCCUUUUGGUUGUUGGGGGAUAUAAAUUAUUCUCAGGAAGAAUAUAAUGAACUGUACAGUUACUUUGACCUAUUAAAAAGGUGUUACCAGUGAAA